AGUAACACAGACAAACGGUGGGGUGGACAAAAGGUAAAAGGAGUGAAGCAGAGAGAAAGAAAGAAAGAAAGAAAGAAGACAUAAGAUUGAAUUGAAGUGAAUGUGAAUGUGAAUGUGAAUGGGUUUGAUUUCUAACAGAAUUGAGAAACACGACAUCAAACCCGGCGAUCAUGUCUACACCUACAGAGCUGUUUUCUCCUAUUCUCAUCACGGCAUUUUUGUUGGGGGGAGCAAGGUAGUACAUUUCAGACCUGAUAGAAACUUUAAGUCAAUAACCGAGACAUCUUCAAACGUAGAUGAUCCAACACCAACCCCUUGUCCCACCUUUCCUGAUUGUGGAUUCAGGCAACCAAAUAGUGGAGUAGUUCUUUCUUGCUUAGACUGCUUCCUUCGAAACGGUUCUCUUUACUGUUUUGAGUAUGGAGUUUCACCAACACUUUUUCUUACCAGGAUAAGAGGUGGCACUUGCACUACUGCAUUACCCGACCCACCUGAAACUGUUAUCCAUCGCGCAAUGUAUCUUCUUCAAAAUGGUUUUGGUAACUAUGAUGUUUUUCAGAACAACUGUGAGGAUUUUGCAAUGUACUGUAAAACUGGUCUUUUGAUUGUAGACAAGCAAGGAGUUGGAAGAAGUGGUCAAGCUUCUUCUGUUAUUGGUGCUCCAUUGGCUGCAAUGCUUUCUUCUCCUCUCAAGUUGUUAAUGCCGAGUCCUGUUGGUAUGGCUACGGUAACAGCAGGAAUGUACUGCAUGAGUAGAUAUGCAACUGACAUUGGUGUUAGAAGUGAUGUGGUCAAGGUUGGGGUAGAAGACUUGGCUGUGAACUUGGGAUGGACGACUUGUUCCGAUGAGGAGGAGGUAGUUGGAGAUGGAACUGCAAAUUCACCGAUUAUCAUAUGAUUUAGCUAAAGUUAAUUCAUCCUUGUGCACAUGAAAACUUCUGCAUAUGUUAUUCUAAGUUAUUACACUAGUAAGUUGAUCGCAGAAUCAGAUGUGACCUUCAUUUUACAUCUGCUGAAUUAAUUAAUAUAUAAGGCCUUUAUCUUUUCUUUUUCUUUCCCCUUGUAUCCUUUACAAUAAUAGUUGGUGUCAAGUUACUCAUGUUGUACAUGGGAUGUAAUAGCAGUUAUACUUGUUGUAAUGACUAAUGAUGUUUAAUUAUAAGAUUAUUCUCUUUGAGAUGAUUUUCCAUUUGGUAGCUUAGAAGUGAUGCAAUCCUAUCUUCGAUUGUAACCGAACCACUUUGCUGUGCAGAUGAGAAAACUAUAUUGGCUUACUUGAAUA